UAUGAAAGCGAUCUUCAAAUUUUUUCUUUCCUAUUUGGUAAGGAACCUCGUUGUGGUGUGAGAAAAAGGAAACGAUAGUGAACGUACAACUAUGGCUGGUAAACUCAUGUUUUUGGCUUUGCUUGCAACUUUGGCGUUAGUCGCUGUUCGUGCAGAGGACGACUUCAAGGACGUGGAAGAUGCAGAAGAGGAAUUGGAAUACAUGGAAUCAAAGGACGACGAGGAAAGUGUGGAUCGAGCACCAAGGCUCUUUGGAAGAAGAUCAUCAUCGUUUCGAUCAACCCGCAGAGGAACCUCCUUUAGAAACAGUGGCUCGAGUGGAACAAGAAGUGGGUUCUUUAGGACUCGCAGCUCGGGUGGAGUGAGGUCUGGUACUACUCGUACUAAUCGUUCACCAUUUCGUCGAUCUACCAGUACGACACGUAACACACAAACCAGACGCUUCAGUUUCAGGCGAUCGACACGAACAGGCGGAAACACAGGAGGUGGAGGUGGUACUAGCGGGUGGGAGAAACUAGGCCAGGUCACAGAUCUGGCACAGUUUGGACUAGAAGUUGCUAAUACUGUUCUACAACAACUGGCAAACGUCGAACGCAAAAUUGUCAUAACUCUUGGAAAUGUUGAAGGAGCUCCCUGGCAAGGGGGCACGGCUUACAUGAAGGAAGGCUCUCUUACCGAAGCGUUACCCCUGAACGUGCCUGUGGAAGAAGGUUUCAUGAUGGGAGGGGUUAAAAAGACGGGUCCCUCUACAACGGGGGUGUCAGGAGCGUUCUGCUACGGCUUUGAAGAGGCGCCCGAAUCGUUCUGUGUUAUGUUUAAACUGCCCUGGAGUGGCGACAAUAAGUGGAAUGUAAAGGUCUACCCUGAGCAAAAGCAAGCAAGCGAGUCGGUUUACAACGACCUUCAAAAUGGUGCAACCAAUGCAAACCAACCCAUAACAAAGAAAGUUAUUUACACUGGCGAUGGAUACCAGUUCUUCAUCAAAGAUGUCUCCAUGACAAGUUCACCUCAGGCAACCUUAUCGAUCAGCUUUGGUGUUGAGUAAUUAAGGCCGAGAGGUGGUCACCCAACCUCAUGUCAACGGAAGGACUUUGUUCUUGUUAUAAAAAUUAGGGAAAUUAGGGAGAUUGUAACAGUUUAUAAAGGUGUUGUGGUGAUAUAAAUAUAGUACUCUGCAUACUA